AUGGACAGCAGCGACCAUGAUAGCGGCCCGGAUGGCGGCCCGGAUGGUAGCCUGGAUGGCAGCCUGGAUGGUGCGUGGGAUCUUGGCCCGGACACCGGCGGCAGUCUUGAAUGGAGCUCUGAGGAAGCGAUGUACUGGUUUUGCCGUCGCCUGGAUUCUCGAAGCGUUCCAGCACCAAACGGAGGUCUGUCGGCGGAGAAUUUGGCGAGAAUUGACAACGCAGGUCCGUCACAGUCCCAUAACUUGCUCGAUUUGAGCCACACCAGCUCGGAUGGCAGACCUCUCCAGGAAAGCGAGCAGAUGACCAUCAGAUUGCGAGGCCACCGGAGCCCGAGCAGCGUCGUAUCAGAGAGUGGUCUUGAUCGGGAGAGCGAGCAGGAGGCCACAGGGCCGCGAGGCCACCGCAGCCAGAGCAUCUAG